AUGCCUCAUCUAGCUCGCACCAAGAUUUGUGUGUACUGCGGAGCAGGCACUGGUGCCAGUCCCGCUCACAUGGAAGCUGCCCGGGCGCUCGCUCGUGCGAUGGCUGCAAAGAACAUCGACCUUGUCUACGGCGGUGGAACCGUUGGCCUCAUGGGAGAAAUCGCCAAGACUUUGGUCUCGCUCAAUGGGCCUCAGUCUGUUCAUGGCAUAAUUCCCGAGGCUCUCGUCAAGCACGAACGCGCUGGUUCGCACCAGGCCCAGAACAUUCCCGAUGAGGCCGUGUUUGGUCGAACUACUCUCGUCAAAGACAUGCACACGCGCAAGAAGCUUAUGGCUGAAGAAGUCUUUGCAGGCGGUCCUGGUAGUGGUUUUAUCGGUCUUAGUGGCGGAUUCGGAACCAUGGAAGAGAUCUUCGAGACGACGACAUGGAUUCAGCUUGGCAUUCACAGUCGGGGCAUCGUCCUUCUCAAUAUCGAUGGUUAUUGGAAUGGAAUUAUUGACUGGCUGGAUAAGGCCGCUGAAGAAGGUUUCGUGAAGCCUGGGAACAAGGGUCUUCUCGCUGUCGCUGAGACUGGUGAAAGCGCAAUCAAUGCGUUGCGCGAGUACAAGGUGUCGGACUCGAUCUACCAGCUCCAGUGGGGAACUCAAUAG